AGACGGGGAACGUCCACCGAGGUGAGCCAGGAAAGAGACUGGAGGUCACCGGGCAGUGAUGUUCUGCUGUUGUAUUCUGGUUAACAGAAUAAAAAGUCUCGCAGUAAACUGGGCCAGCUGGACAUGGAAGGGGCUUUGACAGCCAGGGACCGGGUUGGGAUCCAGGACUUUGUGCUCCUGGACCCCCACACGAGUGAGACAGCGUUCAUGGACAACCUGAAGAAGCGGUUUACGGAGGAUCUCAUAUACACCUACAUAGGGACUCUGUUGGUGUCCGUCAAUCCAUACAAAGAACUGGACAUUUACAACAAGAAGCAGAUGGAUCUCUACAUGGGCGUGAACUUCUAUGAGCUCCCUCCUCAUAUUUACGCACUUGCGGACAACGCUUAUCAUACCAUGCUAGCAGAGGCCAAUAACCACUUCAUCCUGAUCUCUGGCGAGAGCGGAGCAGGCAAGACAGAGGCGUCUAAGAAGAUCCUACAGUAUUACGCUGUGAGCUGCCCCAGCACAACUCUACUGGACACUGUGAGAGACCGCAUGCUAGUGUCCAACCCAGUCCUGGAGGCUUUUGGAAAUGCCAAAACAUUAAAGAACGACAACUCCAGUCGUUUUGGGAAGUAUAUGGACAUUCAGUUUGACAGCCAGGGAGACGCUGUAGGGGGUCACAUACUAAGCUAUCUUCUGGAGAAGUCCAGAGUGGUCCAUCAGAACCACGGGGAGAGAAAUUUUCACAUCUUUUACCAGCUGGUGGAGGGAGGAGAAGAUGAUCUGUUGCAUCAGCUGGGUUUGGAGAGAGACUGCAAGCAUUACAAUUACCUGAUGCAGGGAGAGUGUGCCAACGUGAGCUCCAUUAACGAUAAAAACGACUGGAAGACCGUCAGAAACGCCCUCUCAGUCAUCCACUUUGACGAGAGUGACAUUCAGUACCUGUUCGGAGUCAUCGCCAGUGUUCUCCACUUGGGUAAUGUCCAGUUUGACGUGGACAAAAACAAUCACGCCUCCAUGAAUUCCAACGCUGAACUACGAUGGGUAUCUAAGUUGUUGGGAGUCCAUGUGCAGGUGCUUCAGGAGGCGUUGACCUACAGGAAGAUCGAGGCCAAAUCAGAGGAGGUAUUGACGCCGUUCACAGUAGACCAUGCCAUUUAUGCCAGAGACGCCCUGGCCAAAGCCAUCUACGGACGGACCUUCACAUGGCUGGUCAACCGGAUCAACGAGUCCAUCGAGAAUCAGGACUCAACCAGAAAGACAGUCAUUGGAUUGCUUGACAUCUACGGCUUUGAGGUUUUCUUCGUAAACAGUUUUGAGCAGUUUUGCAUAAACUACUGCAAUGAGAAGCUGCAGCAGCUCUUCAUCCAGCUGACGCUGAAGGCCGAGCAGGAGGAGUAUGAAGCUGAGGGAAUUGAGUGGGAACCAGUACAAUUCUUCAACAACAAAAUCAUCUGUGAUCUGGUGGAGGAGAAACACAGAGGGAUUAUUUCAGUGCUGGAUGAAGAGUGUCUGAGACCAGGAAGCGCCACUGAUCUCACCUUUCUGGAGAAACUGGAGGAGAAAAUGGGAAAUCAUCCUCAUUUUGUCACACAUAAGCUGGCUGACAAGAAGACCCGUAAGACUCUGGAGAGAGGGGAUUUUCGACUGUUACACUACGCUGGGGAGGUCACCUACUGCGUCGUGGGCUUCAUCGACAAAAACAACGAUCUUUUGUACCGAAACAUUAAAGACGUGAUGCGGCAGUCCCAGAAUGCCAUAGUCAAACAGUGUUUCUCGUCCUUAGAGCCUGACAGCAGGAAGAGACCAGAGACGGUUGCCACCCAGUUUAAGAACAGUCUUCUGGGUCUCACAGAGAUCCUCAUGUCUAAAGAGCCGUGGUAUGUUCGCUGCCUCAAGUCUAAUGAAAACAAGCAGCCAGGAAAGUUUGAUGAUGUUCUGGUAAGGCACCAGGUGAAAUAUUUGGGUUUGAUGGAGCACCUGAGAGUCCGCCGGGCUGGCUUUGCGUAUCGAAGGAGAUAUGAGGUCUUUCUGAAGAGGUACAAACCCCUUUGCCCUGCGACCUGGCCUCACUGGAGGGGUGUGCCCGCUGAUGGAGUGGAGAAGCUGGUCAAACAUCUGGGUUACCAGCCGGAUGAGUACAAAAUGGGCAGGACGAAGAUAUUCAUACGAUAUGCCAGGACACUCUUUGCGACAGAAGACGCUUUUGAGAUCUGUAAACACGAACUGGCCACACGAAUCCAGGCGAAGUAUAAAGGUUACAGAGCUAAAGGAGAAUUCAGGAAACAAAAAGAGGCUGCCACCAAAAUCGAAACGUGUUGGCGAGGGGUACAGGCGCGGAAAGAGAGAGAGCGGAGAGCUUGGGCGGUCAAAGUCAUCAAACAGUUUAUAAAAGGAUACAUGACACGAGGUCAGGCGAAAACAACGGACAACUCGGAAUACUUAGCCUUUGUCAGACAAAGCUAUCUCAACAGGCUACGAGACAACCUACCGAAAACGGUUUUGGACAAAACCACCUGGCUCACUCCUCCUCCAGUGAUGGCAGAGACCUCAGAGAUUCUGCGCAAACUACAUUACCGCUUAAUGGUUAGGAAGUAUGUACGAGGGAUCACUCCACAAAGGAAAGCACAGCUUGAACUAAAAGGAAUAACGAGCGUCAUCUUCAAAGGGAAGAAGGACAGCUAUCCUCAGAGUGUUGGCGUGCCAUUUGUGGACACCAGAAUCAGUGAACAAGACAUAAACGUGCGGAUCCUACAGACGAUCCGGCCUGAAAGAAUCAAAUACAGUGUUCCUGUAGUGAAGUAUGACCGUAAUGGGUUUAAACCCAGGGAGCGACAACUCAUUCUAACACAGGCUGCUCUGUACCUGGCAGAUGAAACCAAGAUCAAACAGAGAGUGACUUACGCCUCUCUCAAAGGUAUAUCAGUGAGUAAUUUGGGUGAUAGUAUACUAAUCCUACAUGUUACCAGUGAAAACCCCAAAGAGAAGGGGGACAUGGUCCUGCAAUGUGAUCAUCUGUUUGAAGCUCUGACCAAACUGAGUGUGAUUGCGAACAAGCAAAAUGCCAUCAAAGUGGUUCAGGGAAGCAUUAAGUUUGACAUCCAGGCAGGCAAAGAGAGCUACGUGGACUUCAGCACUGGUCCGGAGUCCAUGGCCUAUAAAGCCAAAAACGGACAUUUGAUGGUGGUUUCUCCGCGAAUGAAAGCUCGAUGA